AUGUGGGAUCUCUCCUCUCCAACAUCACAGAGUUCUUGUACUCCUGCUCUUAUUGCUGGGUUUGAAACUUUGAGUUACUUAAUGCUGCCUACUUCAUAUAAUCCCACUGCGGAACAUUCAUAUCCGCAACAAACACAUACUAUGAGUUCUCAUGAAGAGCUCCACCAACCCAUCUUGAGCUCUCAACCUGACUCUGAACCAUUAGCCUCAGCUAGUCAUGGCGAGGAGUCAUCUCCCCUUGAGAAGGUACUAUCAGACACUCGGUUGCCGUGCUUUGAGAGGCUCCGGUUGGCCACAUGGAUUGAACUCAAGCUCCUCUUCCGCCUUGCUGCCCCUGCAGUCUUCGUUUACGUCGUCAACAACACCAUGUCACUUUCUACACGUGUCUUCGCCGGCCACCUGGGUAACCUUGAGCUUGCGGCUGCCUCCCUCGGCAAUAGCGGCAUCCAACUCUUUGCCUACGGCCUCAUGUUAGGUAUGGGAAGCGCGGUGGAGACUUUAUGUGGGCAAGCAUAUGGUGCCCACAAGUACGACAUGUUAGGCGUAUAUCUCCAAAGAGCAACCGUAGUCUUAACCAUCACCGGAAUUCCACUUCUCGCGGUCUUCCUCCUAGCCAAGCCCAUAUUGCUCCUAUUUGGAGAAUCAUCUACCCUGGCCUCUUCUGCCGCGGUCUUUGUCUAUGGUCUGAUCCCACAAAUCUUUGCUUAUGCUGUCAACUUCCCCAUCCAAAAGUUUCUCCAGGCUCAGAGAAUUGUGCUUCCAAGUGCAUACAUAUCUGGGGCUACUCUUGGGGUACACUUAUUGCUGAGUUGGGUAGCUGUGUAUGUGUUAGGGUGGGGGUUGAUUGGUGCCUCAUUGGUUUUGAGCUUGUCUUGGUGGAUCAUCGUAGUUGCUCAGUUCGUCUACAUUCUGAAGAGCAGCAAGUGUAAGCAGACAUGGAGUGGGUUUAGUUUGCAGGCGUUUACCGGGUUGUGGGAGUUCGUGAAGUUAUCGACUGCAUCAGCUGUGAUGUUGUGCUUAGAGGUGUGGUAUUUUCAGGUGCUAGUGCUGAUUGCUGGCUUGCUAGAGGACCCUGAGCUUGCGUUGAACUCUUUGGCCGUAUGCAUGGCAAUUAAUGGAGUAUUGUUCAUGGUUUCAGUUGGAUUUAAUGCAGCUAUAAGUGUGCGAGUAAGCAAUGAGCUAGGUGCUGGGAAUCCAAGGUCGGCUGCAUUCUCGGUUGUGAUAGUAACACUGGUAUCGUUGGCUAUUGCAAUAGUUGAAGCUGCCAUUGUGCUGUCACUCCGCGAUGUAAUCAGUUACGCCUUUACCAGCGGCGAAACUGUUGCCAAAGCCGUCUCUAAACUCACUCCCUAUUUGGCUGUCACUCUAAUCCUUAAUGGGAUUCAACCUGUACUCUCGGGGGUGGCUGUUGGUUGUGGAUGGCAAGCCUUUGUCGCAUAUGUGAAUGUGGGAUGCUACUAUGUUGUUGGAAUCCCAUUAGGCUGUGUUCUGGGAUUUAAGUUCGAUCUUGGAGCUCAGGGAAUAUGGUCUGGGAUGAUAGGAGGAACAUUGAUGCAAACCAUCAUCUUAUUGUGGGUAACAUUUCGUACGGACUGGAUCAAAGAGGUGGAUACAAGUAAAGAGCGUUUGGAAAAAUGGGACGACUCCAAUAGACAGCAACAACAAACUCUACUUAAGAGCUGAUCAAUCGAGCUGAUGUUGAAGGACGAAGGCUCAAGUUUCCAACAACAUCAGUUGGCUAAUCGUCCCGAUCUCAACUCUAAUUUGUCACGAUUUGAUUACAAAUUUAGCUUGCUUUGAUUAGGCGCUUUCAUAUUAUUGUCUCAUGAGAAUAAGGUGGGAACCAGUGAGAUAACCAAAGAGCGUGUAUGCAUGUAUGUCAAGCGUGAAAGGAGGAAAACAAAAUAGCACACAAAGAGAGUGUCAAACAUUUGCAUAUUUGUUGGACCUAGAAUGUAAUUAAUUUUUUCGACCGUAAGAAAUAACUUACUAGACACAGUGCUAA